AUGGAGGCUGCAGCGUUGUCUCACCCUGCUCCUUUCUCCCCCUACCCUUCUGCACUGGAGAAUCUAUAUUCUCUGCGAGACAGGGCAGAGCGAAUCAAUCGUUGUUCACCUGCUCCUGCCUUGCCUGACCCCGCUUCAGAACCCCCGCGACCCUCAGACGGUUUGAGAACAGCACCGUCUGUCUCGCCGUCAUGCGCUUUUUCACGAGAGCCACGCGGCGGACAGCCGCAAGACAACAGGCUGUCCUGCGAGCGAAGCCCAGAUGGAUUUUGGAGGUUUCAUCCUAUGUUCGAGUAUCUGCACCCUGAUGGUCAUCUGGUGGCUGAUGCGAAGGACACAGAGUUCCGCCUUGAUUCCGGUGUUUCCCGAGCAUCAUUCGAGCGGCCACAAGAUGGGAAGGGACUGGAUCCUUCUGGAGAUUUAGAGGGACAGUUACUAGGCCACAAGCCACGGAGCGCUGUGGUACAGAUGCUCGACCAUUUCCAAAAAUUAUCAGAUCUGCAUGAAGUGUGGGACUGGGAGAAGCUAGUGGAUGGCGUGCCCACAGAACCGGAAGGCGGACGUCUGAAGCGGCUUCUGUACGGAGAGACCAAGGUAAUAGAUUACCGCCAGAUGAUCCCGGCCUUCACUGAUCUUCACAACGAGCUCUACGCCGCUUCCUUGAGAAACGCCCGAAUACUGCGCCAAAUGCGCGACAAUUGCCUCCAAGACAUCCGAGGGAAGAACGCUACUAUUGCUCAAGCCAUUGAGCGACGAUACUGCGAAGAGCUCGAAGAGCUCCUAGAUAGCUACGAGGUCUCUCGACGCGUAACAGGACCACCUGCAAGGCAGUGCCCGCUGCCUGCAAGGCAGUGCCCGCCGCCUGCACCUGCCAUUCAGAAAUGCUCAAAGAAACUACUACCGCGCCACCUAGAAAAGCCACCCAUGAGCCGCCGGCUUCAUUGCAGCGCUUCCGUCGGCGAAAGGAAAGGAAACUGA